AUGCCAGGUGCACAGUGUUGUGUAGGUGGGUGCACGAAUAAGCGUGGUAAUAACAUUAGUUUGCACCAAUUUCCAAAAGACUCUUCAAUUCGAGAACAAUGGAUAAAGGCUCUACAAGCUACGGGAACUGGCUUCUCGCGGGCUGGAUGGAGUGGACCGAAAUCAAAAUCGGAAAACGCACAGCUUGUUUGUAGCGAACACUUUGGAAUUGAGUGUUUCACACUUACCACGCGGUUGCAUUGGAAGGAAGGUUUGAGUUACAAGGCUAAACUCGAGGUCACUGCCAUUCCAACUUUAUUUGGACAAAACAUAGACAAUUACAAACAGAAAGAGCCUGUGUUGAGAAGUGCAUUCAGAAAGAGGGAAUGUGCCAGACUGGCAUAUUUUUCAAACUUUUCAAGGCUGUCUUACAUGUUCUAG